GGUCCGGAGGGGUUGCAAUAGCGCAUGCGCGGCCCGGCCUCUUUCUCUUGGAUCCUCGGAGGCGGUUAGCGAUGGGGCACCAACAGCUCUACUGGUCUCACCCCAGGAAGUUCGGGCAGGGCUCGCGCUCGUGCCGAGUUUGUGCGAACCGACACGGUCUGAUCCGGAAGUACGGGCUGAACAUGUGCCGACAGUGCUUCAGGCAAUACGCCAAAGACAUCGGCUUCGUCAAGUUGGACUAAAGCAACAACAACAAAUGGAGCAUGAAUGACAACUGUUAGUUGAAAAGUGGAAGUGGAAGCUUUGCCAUUGAGACUCAACUCUAAGCUAUUCCCAUCUUAGAGAAGCAAAUGUUCUGUAAUGCUCCUUUUGUAAAUAAACUUUAAAAAAUUCACGUUA